AUGUUUUCCGAAGGCAAGUUCAUGGUGCAGAUGCUUUACAAUUAUGUUAAGUUUUUAACUGAGCGACGGUUAAUUGGUCGAACGAUCAACGACAAAGAAGCCCACCCCAAAGAGUGCAAGUUAAAAACGAACCAAAAUUCGCAACAAUUAGUCAUGUGUUUAAGAACUAUUGUAACAUACGUGAAGUUUAUCCUCGAAGAACAGUUAACGGCUCUAUGGCCACCGCGUGACGGACCCAUUGUGCGCGUGAAACAAGGCGCAGUGCGCGGAGCGACCGGAACUCUACCGAAUGGUCGCCCGUAUCACUACUUCAAAGGCAUUCCGUAUGCCGAAGCUCCCAUUGGGAAGCUGCGCUUCCAACCACCCGUUCCGUUGCAGUCGUUUGCGCAACCCGUGCUCGAUUGUUAUGUGGAUCGCGAUGAGUUUAUUCAGCAAGCAGUUUUUAUAAGUGUUCUUCGGGGUUCGGAGACUCAACUUCAUUUGAGUGUGUACACACCGUCACUUCCGACCGGAUAUGCAGUGGAAGAAAAUCCGAAAAAGCUACCGGUGAUGGUCUGGAUUCAUGGUGGCGGGUUCAAUACCGGAACCGUUAAAUGUUUCCUGUAUGAUCCGGCGUAUUUUCUCGAACAAGGUGUUUUAUUUGUGGCGAUGACUUACCGGCUUGGUGCUUUAGGAUUUCUCAGUAUACCAAGCAUGGGUAUUGAAGGAAAUGCAGGUCUAAAGGAUCAAGCGCUCGCGUUCAGGUGGGUGUACGAAAAUAUUUCCCAAUUCGGUGGGGAUCCAGAAAAUAUUACAAUAUUUGGUGAAAGUGCCGGAAGUAUGUCAGCCUAUCUUCACUAUUUAUCACCAAAUUCAAGAAAAUAUUUUCAACGAGUUAUUUGUCAAAGUGGAGUCACCUGUUCGGAAACGUUCUUUCAAAGCAAUGCAAGUGAAGAAGCUAGGAAGCUGGCGAUGUCUCUCGGUUGCAAGGGUGAUUCCGAUGAGGAAGUAUUAGAUACCUUACUGAAGGCCCCAGCCUGUCAGCUGACAGGCCAACAAAACAGCGGACGGGCCAACGCGCGAUCGACGGAUCUGGUGCUGAAGUUAUGCUUUCGUCCGGUGAUCGAGCGGUUCGAAACGACCGACAGCAUCAUCACGAAACCGCCGGUAGAGAUCCUUCAGGAUUACAACACUUUGCGGAUGCCUUUCAUGAAUGGAUGCACAAGCAGAGAAGGCAUCCUGUCGACUACCAUGAUGGGGCAACAUUGGGAUCGGUUGAAUCAUGAGCCAAGUUGGUUUGUGCCGAAGUUUAUGAACAAUUUACGAGUAAAGGAUCGAUCAGAGCUCGGACGGAAGAUACAGAAAUUCUAUUUUGGUGAUAGACGAAUCGAUAUGAGUGUGGUACAGGAGAUGUGUGAUUACAAAUCGGAUACGACGUUUCUAAUCGAUUCGAUUGUAAAUGCUGAGUGGAUGGCCAAACAUCAGCCCCAAGUUCGCCACUUUCACUAUCGGUUUUCUUAUAAUGGACGUUAUAAUUUUGGAAAAUUAUGCCUCAACUUGGGACACCUAGAAGGAGCCUCUCACACUGAUGAAUUGUUUUACAUGUAUAAAUCGGGCUUUCUUCCUAAGUUAGAAGAAAAAUGUGACGAAGUGACGGUCAGGCAGAAUAUGAUUAAACUGUGGACAAAUUUUGCAAAGUUUGGUGAUCCAACACCCGACGAAGAUGAUUCAAUAUCAUUUAAGUGGCUUCCAAUUAAAUCUUCGAAACGGACAGCGGGAAACUUCAACCUUGAUUGUCUCGAAAUAGGUCUGCAGCCCCGGAUGGUUCGAAACCCUUGCAAUGAACGGCUAAACUUUUGGCGACGAACGCUGAAGCAGCAUUGCGAAACCAUGUUACGAUAG